UUACCCAACAGCAACGCCCGAUCUUUUGCAAAAAUGUGUUUUAACUAUAAACUUUAGCUAGCUAUUUGUGUAAAAAUUAAAUUGGCGGAAAGCUGUACUAUAUAUUUUCCAUACGGAAUAAAAACUUGGACGUGAACGCGCCAGAAUCGACUAUAAUUCGUGAUGUCUUCAGACGACUCCGAAGAUGAGCCACUUUCAGUUCUAGCGGCUAACAAGAAACUCAUCCCAGAACCACCUGAAUCAGAGGAAAACAACAGCGAUGAGGAAAUCGACAACGAUAUCAUUCCUCGGAAGAAAAAUAAACCUGGCCCAAAACGUAAAAAACUCUUCACAACUCCAUUAGCUGAGAGGCCUAUGGAUGUGUGGCUGUAUCUCAAAGAUUUUAACCUCACGGGUCCAUUUAGCUGUCUCUUGUGCCCCGAGUGGUUCAUUAACAGAGCCAAAGUUGUUACACAUUAUAUUUUAAACCACAAAAAGGAUUUCUGUGGAAUUUGCAGAUAUUUUGUGCCAGACAGAGAAGCCUGGAAUACUCACCAGUUAUUCCAUGUACCGUGGCAAUGUUCACAGUGCAUCCAGAAUUUUGACACAGAAUGUGAUCUCCGCCAACAUUUGAGCACCGAACACCACCUGGUGUACUGUAGACUCUGCUUCUUCCGGACGCCGGACAAUGACCAGUACAACUGCCACUUGUUUGAGAAGCACAAUGUGUCAAAUAUCACCAGUAAAAAUGCGGAAGUCCUCUGGGAAUUGGAAUAUGAUGGAUGCACCAAGUUUCUGUGUCUCCUGUGCUCAAACUCAAACAUCCAGCACACAGACUUCUUCAACCAUUACAUGAGUUUCCAUAGACUGACUCUGAAAUGUUUCACCGCAUUGCUAUCAGGCAAAGAUCCCCCAUUCACCAUAGUUGGGGCUAACUUAAGUCUGGAGUUUGUGAAUAAUUUAAACCUGCAGACCAGAUGUGGGUAUGUAGACUUUGAUAAUAAACCACUUGAAGACCCUGAACCUGAAAACUUUGAUGAUAACUUCAUGCAAGCUCUGAUACCUGAAGUGAAACAGGAAGUCAGCAGUGAUCAUGAGGUGGCUGAUAAAGAUGCUAGCAAAGAUGAAACAAAAUCAGUAAAACGAAAAUGCUACUCCGAUGAUGAUGAUGAAAAUGCUCUUUGGAAAACAUACUUUGGUGAUGAAGACUUUGAUGUAACAUCCACUGAAGUGAUUGUGCUGCAAAAAUGCUACUUUGAGUAUGUGAACAAAACACUGAUGGAUAUCAAUUCUAAUAUUGUACCAGAAAUCUCAGAGAUAAACUAUGAAAGUACUAAAGCUGAUUUCAUAAUGGAUAUUGACUGUCCUUUGUGUAAGAGUAAAUUUGAAACGGCACCUGAUUUUACAGCUCACAUAGCAAAGAUGCAUAAUGUGAGAGCUUUGCCGGUCUACUCUUGCCGGGUGUGUGCCACCACUUUUGACACGGAGAGUGAGUUAACAGUCCAUUGCAUAGGAGAGCUAGGAGACUUUGAAGACUUGUGGAUUUGUCAGUUUUGUGAGAAAGAGUUUGACUCCAGAGACGCCACUCGCAAGCACUUGACUGAGCACUGGAGCAGUCUGGAUGCAGACAAUUGCUUUAGCCCCCAUUUAGGUUUCAAGUGCAAAUACUGCCCUUGCUUGUUCUGGAAUGAGACUGAAAGGGAAGCACAUCAGAAGAAGAACCAUUUUGACACAAAACAUAAAGAGGAGUUCUACAAGUGUGAAUCUUGCUCUGAGCUAUUCAGUGAUAAGGUAUGGUUCAUAUACCAUUACUUGGAGCAUCACCACAAUGAAGACACGGAGCUGCCUCAGUACCUGAUCAAGUGCUGCUUCUGCUGCAUAGUCCUGGGCAGUGUGGACGACAUGCGGAUACACUUUGGGGCGGAACACAAGGAUGCUACGAAGAUCUUCUGCUCAAUAGAGCCGUGUAGCUAUAAGCCCUUGGCUCAGAGGAAGUCUUUCAAGUUCCAUUUGAGGUCCAUGCACCGGCCGCCCGACUUACACCCCUCCAGGCGCAUAUUCUGCCCGCAAUGUGCCCGUGAGUUCAGCACGCACAAGGCGCUCACUGCGCACGCGCGCCGCGUGCACGCCGGCGCCGGCGCGGGCAAGUUCAAGUGUAAGCUGUGCCCGGCCGCGCUGGCUACUAAUGACGAGAGAAAACUCCACUACCUUCUCCGCCACCCGGGCCGCAACCCAUUCGAGUGUGAUGUUUGCCACAAAACAUUCAAAUACAAGUCUUCAAUGUACACACACAAGGCCACACACAAGACCAACCAGUGCACGUAUACUUGCUCGUAUUGCAACAAGACUUUCUCGAAGCGCGACUCCUACCGCGAGCACGUCCAGAUCCACGAGGGUCCGCGCCACGCGUGCUCCUACUGCCCCAUGCGCUUCGUGCAGCGCUCCAACAUGCUGCGCCACGAGAGACGGCAUACGGGCGAGAAGCCGUACACGUGUCAUCAUUGUUCUAGAACGUUCUCGGAUAAGGGCGCUUGUAGUAGCCAUAUGAGAACGCAUGUGCGAGACAAAAUAUUUUCAUGCAUGUACUGCCCACAAACGUUCGUACAGAAAUCUAAGCUCACCUACCACAUCCGGAAACAUACUGGAGAAAGCGUGGUUGUUCCAGAGCUGGAGACGUGCGCGGUGUGCGCCAAGGUGUACACCAGCGCAUGCGCACUGAGAGAGCACAUGAAGUCGCACAACAAGAACGCGCAAGUGCCGUGCCCUAUCUGUAAGAAGCGCUACCGCGACCACCGCUACAUGAUCCGGCACCUGCGCACGACGCACCACCGCGCGCAGUACCCGUGCCCUCUCUGUCAGAAGCAACUAGCCAGUGCCGUGGCGUUGAGGAGCCAUGUCGUCACACAUUGCACGAGGAAGAAUCUACAGUGCAAACUGUGCCCGAAGUCGUUUACAAUCAAGAAGUCAAUCCUGAGACACAUACGCCGGCGCCACACGGCCAAAUUGGCAGAAUUUGGCGGCAACACCAAAGUGUUCAUAGAUGUAGUAGACGUAAGACGAAGCGUUGCCAAACUGGGCCUUGAUGAGGAAAUGAUCACUCGCAUCUUCGGCCCUCCCAAAGAACCUCAGCCAGAGACAAUCACUGACCAUUUUGUAAACAUUCCCCCACCUGAAAUGGUGGUUACCAAAGAAGAACCACUGAGUGAAGAGGAAAAUCUUUCCGGUGAUGAUGAUGAUGAUGACGAUGACGUAGACGUUGAAGCCAAAAGUGACUCUGAAUCUGCGAAAAGUACUGAUAAUAAGAAUGCAGAGAUUAAGAGUGAGCCGCAUAGUCCUAAAAGCGAAUCUGAGUUGGAGCCAACAGAUUUUGUUAGUGUGAAAAUUGAACCAAUAGAUAUGGAUGAAAAUCCAUAAAAUGUUAACAUAUCUUGCUAUGAUCUGAAGCACAUUUUAGCUACCUAAUUAGUAGUUUCUUUAGGUGUGUUUGUGUCUUGUUAUUUGUAUCUUUGUUAUGUGCAAUUUAUAUAUGUAUUGUAUAGACUAUAGAUGUUGAUAGAUACGUGUAUCUAACUAAACGAGUAAAUCUAUCUACUUAAACAUAAUUAUACUUCUUAUUCCUACUAUCCUACCUUAUAAAUAGAAAA